CAGGCGCAUCUGCUUCACCUUCCCAACUGAUUUGGGCCAUCCUAACGUUCCCUAAUGAUCACCUCCUCGCGCCCGUAGUCCCGAAGACAAUCAAUUGUAUAACCAAAACUCAUAACCUAUAUCCUCAGUCAGUCUCGGAAUGGCCGACGCAGACACCACCCGUCUAUGCACUCAGAUUGUCCACUCACACUUCGGUCCACUCACUGCGAAUGUAGCAUCCACACUUCUCACUCGGGGACGCCUCCCUCUGUCUACUAUAAUCCGAUACACUGGCCUCAAGCCGCGCACCGUGCGCGCGUCCGUUCUCGUCCUAGUUCAACAUAAUAUCCUCUGGCAUACGGUGUCUGAGGACGGGAACGAAGUGUUUGAGGUCAACGUGGACGACUGUCUGGCGCGUCUGCGGUUCGGAAGAUACGUGCAGCAGGCGGAAGAGCUGCUUGGGAAGGCGGCAAGGGACAUUGUUCAGAUUAUACUAGACCAUGGCAAACUUCGUCAAGCGGAGGUGCUCGCGUAUCUCGCCCAGUACGAUACGAAGGCGCAGUCUCGAUACUCUCAGGCUAUGCAUAAUCUUGUCUCGUCCUCAUACUUGAAGGCGUCUACUGUGCUCUCACACGUCAGCCCGAGGGACAAACGUAUCAAGUACGAGGCGGAGGAGAAGGCCAAAAUUACGGGCUUCCCUACCGCGAAGCAACUACGUGAGGCCAAGGAACUUGCCGAGGCUCGUCUAAAGCGGGAACGAGACGAAGCGGAGAAGAUCGGUUUGAAACGCGUGACCAAAGAGACCGGAUAUAAGUCUUCAAAACGAAAAGCAGUGACCGAAGAAGACGUGGUGGAUGAUGAUGUCUACUUCCGCGUCAACUGCGAACGGUUCAACGUUCACAUCCGGAACAAGCUCAUAGAGUCAGCUGUUCUUGAACGCUUCAAUCAGUCGGCGGCGGCUGUCAUCCGUGCCACACUGAAGACUACGGAAGCAAAACAAAUGAGCGUCUCGGACGUACGAUCAGAUCCAACCUCGGUGGCCAACAUCUCGCAAUGUCUAGCCGACGACGAUGAUCUCGAGUCGGGGCUCGUACUCAACACCUCCAAAACACCAUCCUCGAUUGCGCUCAUAAAACAUUACAUCGGCGUAUUGUCUGCGGCGGACAACCCGACGCCCGCCGGAAAGGCGUCGUCGUUCGUGUCGAUGACGAACUCGAAGGUUCAGGUCGAGUUCGAGAUCAUCGCGAGGAGGUUAAGGAGACGAAUCCUGGAGAACGUGACGAGGGAGCGGCACGGGGACGAGGGUGUGCGGAUAUUGAGGCUGUUGAUGGAUACGGGGAAGAUGGAUGAGAAGCAGGUUGGAAAGAUUGCGAUGAUGGCUCCGAAGGAUGUUCGACCAUUGCUUUCGGCGAUGGCCACCGACUCCAUCAUCACGAUACAAGAGGUGCCGCGGAGUGCCGAUAGAAAUCCUACGAGGACAUUCUAUCUGUGGUUUGUCGAUGUUGACAAAGCGUACUCCAACCUUAUCCGCAGCUUGUACAAGACGUUGUACAACAUCAGUCGCCGUCGACGUGCGGAGGAGGAAGAGCCAUCCAUCAAGGUGCUUUUGGAGAAGCGCGAGCGCACCGACGUCAGCUUGGACGAGAGCCUCCUCACCAGGAUGGAACGCGAGACACUGGCGGACUGGGAGAGUAAGAGGGAGAAGCUGACGGUCCUUGAAUCAAGGGUGGAGGAAGCUGUUUUUGUAUUGAAGGACCUGGCCGUGUUAUCACAAGAUGAUGAUUGA